AUGACAAAAAGAAUACUAUAUGUGUUAUGUAUUUAUUGGUUUAACAAAGGAUGCAUAAAAUUUAAUCAUUGUCAUUCGGAUGGAUCAUCAGUUGAUAUGUUUUUUAAUAAUGAUAAACCUAUGAAUGCAUUUUACAUUUGCUCUAGAUCCUUGUUAAACGGGAAGAGAAAAUGUUCCAAGAAAAAAAAAAAGUUAUGCAAGACACGGAAAUUAUACUCUCAGUGGGGGUACCUGAAUCACGUCACAGGCACACAUUCAUUUUUCAGUUGUCAUAUGGAUAUAAAACAGACAAAUUCAAGUACCAAAAUGGAUAGUCAAAUGAGACGCCAAAUGGACAGCCAAAUGGGAAGCCAAAUGAGAAGCCAAAUGGGAAGCCAAAUGGACAGCCAAAUGGACAGCCAAAUGGACAGCCAAAUGGACAGCCAAGGGGGUAUCGAAACUAAGGAAAGAACGAAAGAUAAAAAAAUUAUUAUUGGCAACUGGAAAUGCUACCUGCCAAAACAAGAAGCAUAUAAUCUAAUUGAUAGCUUCACAAAAAUAAAAUAUUCUAAUCACAUUGAUAUCAUUUUGUCCCUUAAUUUGUUAUUCAUUCCUUAUUUACUUGAAAAAAUUAAAGAAAAUAAUUCGAAAAUAUUUGCAUGUUCGCAAGAUGUAAGUUUAGUAAACGGUUUAGGAGCCUUUACAGGAGAAACAACAGCUACAUUAAUACGAGAGUUUGGAAAUGAGUAUACCAUAGUUGGACAUAGUGAGAGGAGACGAGGAUUUUGCAACAAUGGGGAAACUAUAGAACAAACAGCAUUGAAGGUGUAUAAUGCUAUGCAAUCAAAGCUGAAAGUUAUAUUAUGUGUCGGGGAUGAUUAUCAAAAUGAGAAUUUUCAAUUUCCAUCGUUUAGGAUGAGAAAAUUGUUUUCACUGAUAAAACAAACAAUACGAAAAGAUGAAAUGAAAAAUAUUAUCAUAGCUCUGGAACCUAGUUUUGCCAUUGGCACGGGAAAUCCUGUGUUAUGUGAGGUUUUGAAUAACUGCUAUUGGGACAUAAAAAGAAAUAUAGCAGAAGAAAUGGACGAGAAAAUAAGCAACGAAAUGAAAAUAUUGUAUGGAGGUUCCGUAACAAAAGAUAAUAUAAAGAACUACGUGGAAAAGACUUCGGUUGAUGGAUUCCUUAUUGGAAAGGGCUCACUUGACGAGACUUUCAUAGACAUAAUAAAGUACCUUGAUCGUGGUUACAUGUCAAAUGGAUAG